AUGUGUGGCAACAACAUGUCUGUGCCGCUGCUCGCCGAGGCUGUGACGGUGUCCGGGAAUGAAAAGGAAACCGCGGCGGUGAUCUUUCUACAUGGAUUGGGAGACACAGGGCACGGGUGGGCCGACACCUUGACGGGGAUCCAGCUGCCUCACGUCAAAUUCAUCUGCCCCCACGCGCCAAGAAUCCCUGUCACACUCAACAUGAACGUCGUCAUGCCCGCCUGGUUCGACCUCAUGGGCCUCAGCCCCGAAACCCCGGAAGAUGAGGCUGGGAUCAAAACGGCGGCUGACAAAAUCAAGGCCAUUAUUGAACAUGAGGCCAAAAAUGGCAUCCCUCCUAACCGUAUCAUGCUUGGCGGCUUCUCUCAGGGCGGGGCAUUGUCCUUGUACACCGCCUUGACCUGCCAGCACCAGUUGGCCGGCGUGGUAGCCCUCAGCUGCUGGCUGCCGCUUCACAAGAGCUUCCCUUUGGCGUUUAGCGGCAACAAGAACCUGCCCAUCCUGCAGUGCCACGGCGAGAAGGAUGAAAUGAUCCCCGUGCAGUUUGGCGCCAUGACAGCGGAGAAGCUCAAAUACAUUGUCAACCCGCAGAUGAUAACUUUCAAAACCUAUCCAGGGGUGCCUCACUCAUCCUGCACUCAGGAGAUGCUGGCAGUAAAGGAAUUCAUCGAGAAACACUUGCCUCGAAUCUGA